GUAGCCGAGGCUGUGCCCCCCGGGCGGCCUCCACCCCUCCGCCAACCGGCAGGCGCCGAUGGCCGGGCCCGGCAGGGGCGGCGGGACCGGACCGGGGCCCCCCGGGGCAGCGGUGAGGGCAGGCGGCGCCGGGCCGGGCAAGGGUGGAGGGCCCGGGCCGCCGGAGGAGCGCCCUGCCGUUCCCGCCGCCUCUGAAGCGCUUCCGAGUCACCACCGCUCGGCGGGGAAGUGGGAGGCGGCCUCGGAAGGGGAGGUAGAGGAGGAAGGGGAGGAAGGAGAGGAAGGCCGCGCCAGGAGCUCUGCCAGCCACACGCAUGGCCGCGGCGCGGCUCGCAGGAGGGGAGGUAGCGCUCAGAGGCCGGUGGAAAGCGUCCCGUGUGGCAUAAGCGGUUCUCGUAAUGCCCGAGCACCUUAACGCUCUGCGCCUGUCGUCCUCGGCGCGCAGAGGGUGUACGCGUGUUCUAUGUGGUGUUCUGUGUGGAGAAUUUCCUGCCUCACCCCAGUUUAUAAUGCGGUCUUGAUAAUACUACGUUUCGGGCGCUUUUAUCUGUUUUAAAGUACUUUAUUAAAUUAUUAAAUAAUUAAAAUAAUUUAUUGUGCUUUAAGUUUGUAUGGUAGAUAGAAGAGGAUAGUUACUUAGCUGAGUAGCUUGCCAGUGUGGUGGAGAGUAAAGGUUAAUUGAUAAGUAGAGACCUAGUACCUGUUGCUGCUCUGGUCUUGAUAACGUUAGACUGAUGGAAUCAUGCCUCCAGCUGAAGAUCAUUCAUAUUUGUUGAUGGGAAUAAGGUACCUCAGAAAUGAAUUAUUCUUAAUACAGUGGCCCUACUGGAUGAAAGGAAAAUAAUCGCCUGUCUUCCAAAUGCCCAAGUUUGUUCUUUGUAAGAACAUGUUUUACUGUGAAAAAUGAAAGAACCUUUCUGGACACUUUAAAGAUAGCUGGUGGACUUAGCAAAAUGCUUUGUUUGAGGAAAGCUUACUUGUUUGCACUGAGACGUUACCAAGCUCGAACUCUGAGUAGUGAUCUGCUUUUGAGCCAGAUAAAUAACUGCACCCAUGAAGAUGAAGUGUUCAGUCUUGUUGGAAGGAACAAGGCCAGGCUUUCUGAAAAACACGUGGGAAUUGCACUGAAUGUGCUGUGGCAAUUGCAAAAGAAGAAGCCUCUUCUCUUAAGGACUAGUGACUACGUAAGAAAUCACUCCCAGUUUCUUGCUCUUUGCAUUUUAGCAGAAAACAAGGUAGAACACAUGGAAAAUGAGGUGAUAGUGGACACCCUGUACAGUAUUCAGAGGCUCAAUGUUGAAGACCAUGAUUCUCUAGCAGGAGUGCUUGUUACAGAAGCAUGGAAAAGAUUAGAAAGGCUUAGUUUACCAGCUCUAUCGAAAUUUGCACUGUGUUUAUACAAGCAGCGCAGACAGUUUAGUCCCGUAAUUGGCAAAAUAGCUCAUAUUGUGGACAUGAAACUGGAUUCUAUAGAGGACAUAAGGAUUUUGUCAGUUUUGAUGAUCAGCAUAUCUGAUGUUAUCUCACAGAGUUUUCGAGAUCGAUUACUAAAGAAGGCUGAACAGCUCUUAGGAGAAGAGGAUGAAGUCUACUUCAAUUACGCCAAAAGAAUAACACAAUUUCUUCAAAAUGUUAAACUGACAUACUAUCCAUUGCUAGAAAAAUGUAAUAAGAUUUUCCUUAAAAGUGCCUCCCAGCUUGAUUUACACAAUAUUAGUAUUAUUUUCGGACUGUAUGAGCAGCUGGGUUUUGACAGUGCUGAAUUCCGCUUAGUUGCUAAACGGCUGCUGUCUGAAUCGAUAGAUGAUUAUCAUGAUCCUGAAACCUUUUCAAAAUUAUUUUUUAUUCUUGGGCCUAUGGCCGGAUCCAAGGUGAGAGAAAGGUUGCUAGUGACUGCAGCGCACGUGGCAGAAGGAUUUAGCAGUCAUCAGGUGUUGGGAAUACUAAAGACAAUGCAGAAAAUGAAAUGUAGAAAUUCUCAUCUACUCAAAAAAAUGGUUUCUGUUCUGCACAAACACUUGGAUAGCUAUCAUGUAUUACAGUUGAUAAAGUUAACGCAGUAUUUGAUGUUGUUGCGUUGCCACGAUCAGGAGCUGUUAGCCAAACUAAAAACAUUGCUAUUUGGUUUUUUAAAAUCUAGUGUCAUACCUGCUGAUACUGCUGCAAUAAUUCGUGUUCUGGCCAUGCUUCCUUCCUCUCAAGUAGAAGAAAUCAUUGUAAACAAAGCAACAGCAAUUCUACCUCAGUGCAAUCUCCAGCAUUUGAAUUAUAUUGCUACAGCUCUUAUCAAAUGGAAUCACUAUGACCAGUUGCACUGGCAAAACACUUCAGAGCUAUGUGUAAAGCUUCUGCAGAAAAUAAAUGACUGUGGAUUUCAGAGGCUUCGCAAAGCUGGGAAUUUAAAUCUUCUGUUGGAAGAACUCACACAUGUGAAUGGAGAGUGGUUUCAGGAGGUCAUCAGGGAGCAAACUGUGGCCACGUGUCAGCACUUGAUAGACCAAGUAACAUGGGCAAAUGUAUUACAGUUGUCUUUUUUUCUCAUAAAGACAAACCACCGCUGUCCUUCAUUACUUGACAGAAUAGCAUCUGUGACUGUUGAAAAUACAGACAAGAUCCAUCCCUUUGAAAUGUAUUUUAUUCUCUGCCUUUUCUCUGUUCUGAACUAUGAUCCACCUGGCAAUGAAGAGUUCUUUGAGAGUUGUAUCCAACAUCUUACUUCUAACUUGAGUUGUUUUGAAACUCACCACUUGGUGCUGCUUGGUUAUGUUUUGGCAGUGGCUGGUUAUUUUCCUCCAGCUCUGAUAAAGACAAUAUUUAAUGUUUCUUUCCUAAGCAAAUUGGAUGCUCAACUUGAAGUCCUGUCUGAUACCUUAAAGCAGAGGGUCCGCUCACGCCUUAUGAAACUGAACAGAGCAGUCUGUCUGGAAUGCCCGGAGUUUCACAUCCCUUGGUUUCAUGAGCACUAUUGCCACCACAUCUUUUAUACAGGUAGGAGCCGAAUAAAUCCACUGCGACAGCACAUUCACAAAAUGCUGGCAGAGAUCUUAGGAGGGAGCCAUUAUACAAGAGUGUCUGUUCUCACACCAUACUACUAUGAAAUAGAUUUUGAGUGCAUUCUGGAUAAAAAUAAAAAGCCUCUUUCCUAUAUGGCUCAGAAUAUACUUCUGGGUGCUUUGGAGGGAAUACACUGGAGAUGUGACAUCAAGGUUGAAGAGAGAAAGGCUCUGCCACCAGGGGCUCAGAGAAUUGCUUUGGAACUUCUUGAUUCAAAAGCUUUUAUCAAAGGUUCACAUCACCUGAAAGGAGAAGCUGCAGUGAAAAAACGACACCUGGAAAUGCUGGGGUACCGGGUCAUUCAGAUUCCUCACUUUGAAUGGAAUUCUAUGGUUUUGUCUACAAAAGGUGAACAGCUAGAGUAUCUGAGAAGGUGUCUAUAUGAAACACAGUGAUGUCGAAGACAUAAUAAAAAGUAUUUUUUAUACAAACACUUUAUGUUCUAUUAAACUUCUCAUAACAUUGGAAUACUUACUUUCCAAAAACUGUGAGGUAGCUGGACCAAGGCUUCCCAUUGGGUAUUGGGUGUAAUGAGACUGAAUCCGAAAUUUGUUAGAGUAUAAAAGGCAGGUCACAAUGUGCCACAAAGAUAUGAUAAGGAUGCUUAAAAUCUCCCCUUGGUGGAAGCUGUAUCAAGUACAUGGGUCUGUGACAGUUUUGCCAUAAAAAUUCAUUAUUGCCUCCUAAAUAAAUAGCACAGAGAUUGGUCAGAUAUGAAACUGUCCAAAGAAAAAGCUGGAAGUAUUGUGACUGUAAGAGAGGAGGCAGCAGACAUAGUGGAAACUAUGUCUGUCCUCCAGCUUGUGACAGGAUGAGCAAUAGAGAUCAAACAGAGAUUCUCUGUACUGUGAAAUCAAGAAACUGAAAUGCAGAUUUACUAAGAAUAGGACUGCUAUUACAGCAAUAGGACUGCAAUUACAGCCAUUCUGUUUUCAUCUUCUAGAACAGAGAGAACAUGGGUGACUGUCAGGGGAGGGUGUUGUGUGGUGAGGAACCUCCCAGCUGCUUGCUUUUUCUACCCUGUGAUGUGGUGUGCGCACAAGAAGUAACGGCUUAAGCCUUCUGGAACACCUUCACAUACCUGAAAGGUAAAGUAGUUCUAGAGAUCUGGCAGCCACCUAGACUCUGGAAACAUCUGCACCACAGUUCAGUGUAACUUGAAAGGGAUAACUGAGAUAUUUACACAAGAUCAGGAGGAAAUAAUGCUUUUUUUCCAGACAUAGGUACUUAUUAGUGACUGGAUAAUUCAUGAAAAUUUUUAUGGCCUUGUUCAUUGGACUAGCCCUCACUAAUGAUAAAAUUAAACUGUCUAAAUAUAUUCUGGAAAUAAUGCAAUGCAUAAAAGAGCAAAAUUAGGCUGAAAAUGAAACCAAGAAUCAAGACCAAGAAAAGUCUUUAGAGAGUCAUAAAUACUACCUUGGUUAUUGGUGGUGAAAAACACUCUUUUAUUUCUGGUGUUUCAAAACCAUCUGCCAGUUAUCAGGCUUCCUGUGAUCACACUGAGCCUGGGUUUUGUCAGGUGGCAUAAGAUACUGAAACACAGAAGGAAAAAAGUAGAAUAGCCAGGAGAGUGUUCAUUGUAAAGUAAUAAACUGUAGACUGGUUACACUAUGGCAAAUGGGCCCAUUUUCAGAAGCAGCUGUUGUGACUACACUUCCUGCUACCUCACAAGGACAGCAAGUUGUGCCCUGCCUCUUUCACAGACACACACAACAUUUGUAUGUUUUCUUGCAUUUUUUGUACAAGCAUUCUUUUUACCACAUUGUUUGAAGGCUGGCAGAGGUAAGCAACUACAUUUCUGAAUUGACCAUUGUGCACCUGGCAGUCACUUUUUUUUAAACCUCAGUAACAGGAGAGGAGUAUAUUUUUAUUGACUCAAUCCAAAUCAAUGUGCUGAUGAAAAGCCAGGAAAAAGGGACAGAAUUGAUCUAAGUUGCAAGGUGUUCUCCACCUGAGGCAGUCCUCAUGUGUGGGAUGACUGAAAAUACUAGUAAAUUGUCUGCUUGUGGUUGGUGAUGGUGCUUCUGAUCGAACUGAAAAAGGCUCCAAGGGUCUGUUCUGUAAAAGUGCUUUAAGGAAAUGUCAUUAAAGGCACAGCAUACA